AUGUCUUUCGGCAGGGAAUCCAGUAGUUCGAGCAUCGACCACGGCACUGCUACAUAUGUCGUAGGGCCAGAGAAGACUGUCACCGCGUUGGAAGUCACCGACGAUGUACCAGACAGCCCUGACACCAGGCGAGAUGUUUCCGGCGAUAUCCUCGACGAUGGGCUCCGACGAGGUCUCAAGGGUAGACAUUUCGUGAUCAUUGCCCUCGGCAGUAUCAUCGGACCAGGCACAUUCUACGGCUUGGGCUACGCCAUAUACUUGUCUGGUCCGCUGGGUGCGCUACUUGGGUUCAUCAUUGUUGGAAUCUCCGUGUGGAUAUUGAUGCAAAGUGUUGGCGAGAUGACGACCUUGUUUCCCAUCCAUGGAGGCUUCGUCGAGCAUGCCGGUCGUUUCGUGGAUCCAGCGCUGAGUUUCGCCAUGUCGUGGCUGUACUAUCUCAUGUGGAGUGUCUUCCUCGCUGCAGACUGGAACUCUGCCAUAUUGAUCCUCCGCUACUGGGUGCCCGAGACGACUUUCCCUUCCUACGGCUGGGCCCUCAUUUUCUGGGGAGUUUUCUCCGUCAUCACCCUCCUGGGCGUCAACGUGUACGGCGAGCUGGAGUAUUACUUCGGCAUGUUCAAGUUCAUCUCCCUCAUCAUCCUCUUCCUCCUCUCCAUCGUCGCCAAUGUCGGUGGAUUUGGCGGUGGGUACAUCGGAUUCAGAUACUGGACGAAGCCAACGGGUCCAAUUAUCCAUGGCAUCGACGGAUUCGGACAGGUCUUCGUCCUCGCGGCGGCUUACUACGUUGGCACCGAAAUCAUUUCUCUGGCUGGUGGAGAGUCUAGAAAUCCCAAGAAAGACGUCCCAAGGGCCAUCAACUCUGUGGUAUACCGCAUCUUGGUCGUCUACAUUGGCAUGCCCUUCUUCCAGGGACUUAUAUGUCCCUCCGACUCUCCGGACCUUUUGAACGCAGAUUCCGUGGUUGCAUCGUCACCCUUUACAAUCGGCUUCACCAAAGCAGGGUGGAAGACUUCCGGCCACUUUGUCAAUGCUCUGAUUACCGUGGCGUUUGUCUCCGCCGCCAAUGGAGUGGUGUACGUGCAGUCACGCACGGUCUAUUCUCUUGCCUUGACUGGAAGGGCACCCAAGAUCUUUGCAAAGACGACAUCGCGUGGAGUACCCUGGGUGGCCAUCCUGACCUCCAACCUCUGGGGCUUUCUAUGCCUGAUGAACAGGAAACUCACCGCCGGCCAAGUCUUCUCGUACAUGACCAGCGUGGGCGGCACGGCGGCCUACAUCGCCUGGGCGGCCAUCAUCUUCACGCACCUGCAGAUCCGGGCCGCGGCCAAGAAACAAGGCAUCGACGUGAAAACGUUCCCCUACAGGGCCUUUGGGAGCAUCUGGAUCUACCGGCUCAACUUUGCGUUCAACAUCUUCCUCCUCUUCAUCCAGGGGUACACGGUCUUCAAGCACCCCUUUAACUGGCGGUCGUUUAUUGCGUGCUACAUCACCAUCCCGACGUUUUUCAUCUUGUUCUUCGGCUUCAAGCUGUAUUACAAAACACACUGGGUUCGUCUGCACGAGGUUGACUUCUCGGACCGUCGGGAAUGGAUUGCACCGGCGUCGAAAGCCUCGUAUGAUUCUAGGUCGUGGAAGAGGAAGCUGUGGGAUCUGUUCAAGGAUUAG